CCCUUGAGCAAGCAUUCGGAAAAAUUCAAGCCGAAAAAGAGGUGAUUCAACAGCUGAGGUUGGAACUAGCUGGACGGGAUGCCAUCAUUGAUGAGAACAACCGAAAAAUCAGAGAGCAUGAGACCAUAAGAUGCAAACUAUACAACACCAUUCAGAACUUAAGAAGGACAAUAUUCGAGUGUUUUGCCGAGUGCGCCCACUUCUUGCUAAAGAGAUGUGUUGUACACAUGGUGUCAUUCAUCACAUGAACUUUCCUGAUCCAGAAGGCCGUGUGCUGGAGCUGGAUAUGAUGUCAAAGAUGGCCAGGAAUGAGAUCACAUCAUUAGCAAGUGACCAUGAAGGCAAUAAAUAUAAAUUCUGCUUUGACCGAGUCUUUCAACCUGAAUCGUCACAGGAGGAAGUGUUUAAAGAAAUAUCUCAACUAGUGCAGAGUGCCUUGGAUGGUUAUAAUGUGUCUAUUUUUGCCUAUGGCCAAACUGGGUCAGGCAAAACAUAUACCAUAGAGGGUGGGAUGGAUGGCGAUACUGUGGGAAUGACUCUUCGUGCUGUCAGACAGAUUUUUAAAUCAGCGGCUGAACUUGAAGAUAAAGGUUGGAAGUACAAGUUUCAGGCAUCAAAUGUGGAAAUCUACAAUGAGACCAUCCGAGACCUUCUCAGCAAUGGUAAGGAGGGUAUAGAGCUUGAAAUUAAACUAACUGGCAAGGACAGUGUUGUCACAGUCACCAACGUGACUGCCACCAACCUAACUGCAGUUACAGUCAGCUCUGAAAAGCAGAUUCACGAACUUCUACAAAAGAUCAAUCUCCAACGAUCACUAGCAGAGAUACAAUGCAACGAGAGAUCAUCACGCAGUCAUUCGGUGUUCCAGCUAGAUCUGACAGGCAGCAACUCCAUCACCAUGGAGUCCUGUCAUGGCACCUUGAACUUUGUUGACCUUGCUGGAAGUGAGCAUUUGAAAGACUCUGGUUCUGAGGGCCAGCAAUUGAAGGAGGCACAAGCCAUCAAUAAAAGUUUAAGCAUUCUGGAAAAUGUUAUCAUGGCACUAGGCAACAAGGACAGCUAUAUCCCUUAUGGCAACAGCAAGUUGACCUAUUUGCUGCAGAAAUCCUUGGGAGGCAACAGCAAGACUGUCAUGUUUGUUAACAUUUCCCCUCAAGAGGAUUUUACAGAAACCCUGAACACUCUCCAGUUUGCCACAAAGGUCGUCAGAAGAUCGUCCCAGCUGCUGCUGCAGUUUUCGUAGACACUGAGGGCGGACUCCUGGUUCUUGAAAAGCGAAAAGAAGAGAAUGUGAGAUUGUGGUUUUAGUCAUGAAAAGAGGAAAAGCAGACAUUUCACUUCCUUGUAGCUGUUUUGUGCUCCUUCAUCGGGGUAAAUCAGCCUGAAUCCUCCUGACUAUUUGUGCUGCAUAUUCUGUCUCAUGUGUGAGAGAGAGAGUGUGUGUGUGCGCGCGUGAUCCUGUUAUGUGAAGGACUAGUGAAUGCCAGUGUCUACGUCCUGAAAAAACGGUUUGUUGUUGUUUGUUGUUGUUGUUUGUAUUAAUACCGUAGUUGUUGAAUUAUUGUUGCAUUACUUUUGCUGUCCUCGAUGAGUGAGUGAGUGAAGCAUUAUUGUUUUACACUUACCUGUGUGUGUCCGUACACGAGAAGACGUAGAAACUUCUCCACCUGUUCAGCAGGUUCUGUGGCCUGACACGUCAAUGAGUGUCGGGAGCUGAAUGUCGCUGUACUGAGGUCGAAACUCGUUACAGCAUUUUUUAUAUCUGGAAGGUCAGCAAAAAUCUCAGAUCAUCAAUAUCUACUCAGCUUCAUUGACAGAAAAUUCGAACAAGUCACACAAAGAUCAUGGCAUCACAAACAAGUUUUGAAAACUCUACGAUAAUUUAUUGCGUAGAUAAAAUUAUUUGACGACACGAGCUGAAAAUUUAGGGGUGUUUUCAAUUUUAAAAAGCGAAAAUUUUGAAGAACUCGAAUUAUUGUUAUAUAAUAUAUCGCUAUAAACAAAGAUAUAUAUGGAAAGAAAGAUGAAUUUUACUAUAUUCUACUCUGUCAUUAUUUCAAAACUGAACAAAAACAAACAGAUUAAUAUCUGAUGUUAUAUUUAACAGGAUCUUCACUUCUACAAGAAAGUGUGUACUGAGAAUUUUUUUUAAAAUUUUUUGUUAUAGUUUUGAUAAGUAAUGUCAUCGGUUUAAGCCACGCUUAAGCUAUAUAUGCUAUCAUUAUUGUAUCCUUAUCCUUAUUGUUGUGUUUCGUGUUAUAUCACACUGUUUUAUGUUUACUUUCUCGUACAUCAAUUCAAGCUUAUUAUCAGAAAAUUGAAUUAGUGAAUUGCAUUUUGUGUAUAAUUUCAAUUUAACCAUGCCUCCCUCAAAGACGUGAAUGAAUAAAGUUACUGUCUGCAGACUG